UGCAGGUACAUCUGAACCUUCUUUUAUUGCUAAAAGUGAAGACCGUUUAUUUAAAUAUUUAUUUGAAGACUAUGAACGAUGGGUUCGUCCAGUCGAGCACUUGAACGAUACCAUCAAAGUGAAAUUUGGUCUUGCAAUUUCCCAGUUGGUGGAUGUGGAUGAAAAAAACCAGUUGAUGACCACAAAUGUUUGGCUGAAGCAAGAAUGGGUUGAUGUGAAGCUGAUGUGGGAUCCCGAGGACUAUGCCGGAAUAACAUCUAUCCGUGUCCCUUCAGCUUCACUAUGGAUUCCAGACAUUGUUCUAUAUGAUAAUGCAGAUGGUCAUUUUGAAGGGACGUCUACAAAGGCCAUAGUGAAGCACGAUGGCACUAUUGUUUGGACCCCACCUGCAAACUUUAAAAGCUCUUGCACCAUUGACGUCACUUAUUUUCCAUUUGACCUCCAGAACUGCUCCAUGAAGUUUGGCUCGUGGACAUACGAUGGUUCUCAGGUGGAUAUAAUCCUUGUGGAUGAAGAAGUAGACAAAAGAGAUUUCUUUGAUAAUGGAGAAUGGGAAAUAGUAACGGCAACGGGUAUCAGAAGGAACAGAACUGAUGGAAGCUGCUGGUACCCCUUUAUUACCUACUCGUUUAUAAUUAGGCGCUUGCCUCUCUUUUACACUCUCUUCCUCAUUGUUCCAUGCAUAGGGCUAUCUUUCUUAACCAUCCUCGUCUUCUAUCUUCCCGCCUACGAAGGGGAGAAAAUCUCCCUCUGCACUUCCGUUCUGGUCUCGCUCACCGUCUUCCUUCUAGUCAUAGAAGAAAUCAUUCCCUCUUCUUCUAAAGUCAUUCCUCUGAUUGGCGAGUACUUGGUCUUCACCAUGAUUUUUGUGACGCUGUCUAUAGUCAUCACUGUCUUUGCUAUUAACGUUCAUCAUCGAUCCUCGUCGACGCACAACACGAUGGCGCCGUGGGUCCGCAAAAUAUUCCUCCACAAGCUUCCCAAACUACUUUGCAUGAGAAGUCACGUCGAUAGGUACUCGGUGCCAAAGGAAGAAGAGACGACGGGCACCCAGGGAUCCGAGGAAUCUAGGAAUACUUUGGAAGCAGCCUUGAAUUCUGUCCGGUACAUUAUAAGACACAUUGUCAAAGAGAACAAAGUACAUGAGGUUGUGGAUGACUGGAAGUUUAUAGCUCAGGUGCUUGACCGCGUGUUCCUUUGGCUGUUCUUUCUGGUUGCGGUUACUGGGUCCCUGGCUCUGUUUCUUCCUGCAAUUCAUAAAUGGGCAAGCAAAAUAGUACCACUCCAUGCAGGGAUUGUUAAUAAAUAAGUGAGUGAAUAGGGGCAGAAUUCCAGCAGUGUUUCUAGAUAUGCGAAUUCCUAGAUAUAUUUUAAGUACUUUCUAAACUAAUAAUGAAAUGUCUGAGAAUGCAAUUGGGAGGGGGAAAUUAAUGGUGAUGUUUAACCAGGAAAAUUGUAAGAUGGAUUCCCCCCCCCCUCUUAAUUAUAGCCUAUCUGGAUGCCAUCAGCAUUCUUAAGAUUAUUUAUAUAACAAAAAGUAUUAACACGACACUUUAACAUUUAAGGUGUCUAGUAUGCACAUCAUUGAAACUGCUGCAGCAGUGGAUGCGGAGAAGUUUUGUCAGGGAUCAGGGCAGGGGUCAUAUGCCCAGGCAAUUGGUUCUUCUGGAUCCAGAGACAAUGAGCACACCAAGGAAUAAAGAGAUUUUUUUAAAGUUUUGAAACUCUGAGAUUUUCACAGAUGAAAAACAAAGCUUUGCACAAUGGGAAGAUUUCACAGCUCCUCUUCGCAAAAAAACUAAAGUUUUUUAAAAAGCACAUUAGCUCAGAAUGAGCUCUGAACGUCUAGACCAGGGCUGUCCAACCUUGGCAACUUUAAGACUGAACUUCAAUUCCUGGAAUUCCCCAUCCAGCUGACUGGGGAAUUCUGGGAGUUGAAGUCCACGGGUCUUAAAUUAGCAAAGCUUGGACACCUCUUAGACUAAUGUAAAGGAAUCUCUUCUUGAAUUUCUUACGAAAUUGACUACGAAUCUCCAUCUUACGUGUGUAAUGUUGUUAUGUGUUAUUUCCAUACACCUUUACUGCUGCCAUCCAUGCAUUUUAUGCCGUACGCUAAAGAAAUAAAUGUGAAGGAGAAAUCAAAUUAUGCCGCUAAACUCCUCAAAAUACAACGGUCUUCCGCAUUGCCUCUACUGAGAAAUACAGAACGUUUUAGAUUUUUUUUAGUCCGCUCAUGUGACGCGUGAGUAAUCCUUGUAGCAGAUGAGGGCUCUCCGUCUCUUACACUUAGCAUUUGAUUCCCAAACUGUCACACAGAAUUAAGCUCAGUUUUCCAAGGAACUGGAUGGAGUGGGAAGGGUGAAAAGUGUAAGGCGGCACAGAAAGUUGUGAAAUAUGCAAGUACACCAUGGAGUGUUUUCGACUUCCUAAUGCAAUUUCCCUUCUAAAUAAUCCCAAAUUUUUUUGUGUGUUGCGAUAACACAAUAACAGUGAGGACAAUUAACCAGUGGAACAGCUUGCCACCAGAAAUUGUGGGUGC